AUGGUCGUGGUGCAGGGCAGCAGUGGACAGCCGUUCGCGUGGAGCCGAAAUCUGCCAACGGCCAAGCGAACCUGGACGCCCCCCCCCAGUGCCUCCAGUGAGGCCACAGCCCCGCAGACCCCCCAGAGCUUGCUUCUGCCCGGGACGGGCCUGGCCAACGUCCUGAGGACUCUGCCCAUGUUCCACGACGAGGCGUACGCCCAGGCCUGCGGCCUCCCCGAGGACACCCUGGUUCUGCCGCCCACCCAUGCUAAUCAGGGGGUCAUCUACACCGUGCUGGAGUGCCAGCCCCUCUUCGACUCCAGUGACAUGACCAUCACCGAGUGGGUUCAGAUUGCCCAGACCAUCGAGACACACGACGAGCAGUUUCACGGCUUCGUCGUCCUCCACGGCACUGACCCCAUGGCUUUCGUGGCCUCCGCGCUCGCCUUUGUGCUGGAAAACCUGCAGAAAACCGCCAUCCUCGCCGGCUCCCAGGUGCCCAUCCACGCCCUCUGGAGUGACGGCCGCGAGAACCUGCUGGGGGCCCUGCUCAUGGCCGGCCAGUACGUGAUCCCCGAGGUCUGCCUGUUCUUCCAGAACCAGCUGUUCCGGGGCACCCGGGUCACCAAGGUGGACACGCGCAGGUUCGCGGCCUUCCGUUCUCCCAACCUGCCGCCCCUGGCCGUGGUGGGCGCCGACGUGAUCAUCAACCGGGAGCUGGUGGGGAGGGCGCGAGGGCAGGGCCGGCUGGUUCGGGCCUUCCUGCAGCCCCCGAAGGGCGUGGUCAUGGAGACCUUCGGCUCUGGGAAUGGGCCCACCAAGCCCGACCUGCUGCAGGCCGAGCGCGGCCUCAUCAUCCUCAACUGCACGCACUGCCUGCAGGGCUCCGUGACCUCGCACUACGCAGCUGGCAUGGCGGCCGCAGGAGCUGGCAUCGUCUCCGGCUUCGACAUGACGUCAGAGGCCGCCCUGGCCAAGCUGUCCUACGUGCUGGGCCGGCCCGGGCUGAGCGUGGAUGGCAGGAAGGAGCUGUUGGCCAGGGACCUUCGGGGAGAGAUGACGCUGCCCGCGGUGGAUGAGGGCCCGCCCCCACUUUGUGGCAGCACGCUGCGCCUUGGGGUGGCCCAGUUCCUCAGUCUGAGCCAGGAGUCAGAUGCUGUUCGAGACACCCUGACACCGAGCCUGGCCUGUGCCGCGGCCCGUGCUGGUGACCUGGAGGCCUUGCAGGCACUGGCAGAGCUGGGCACUGACCUGAGCCUGGAGGACUUUAACGGUCAAACUCCGCUGCACGCGGCCGCCCGGGGGGGCCAUGCUGGUGUGGUCGCCAUGCUGCUGCAGAAAGGGGUGAACGUGGACGCCCGAGAUGAGGAUGGCCUCAGCCCGCUGCUGCUGGCCGUCAGGGGCAGGCGUCGGGGUGUCAUCGGGCUGCUGCGGGCAGCCGGUGCCUGCCUGUCCCCCCAGGAGCUGGAGGAGGCUGGCACGGAGCUGUGCAGGCUGGCGUCCAGGGCGGAUGGCGAAGGUCUGCAGGCGCGGUGGCAGGCGGGGGCUGACCUGGGGAGGCCAGGCUACGAUGGGCGCAGCGCCCUGCUCGUCGCGGAAGCUGCUGGAAACCUGGAGGUAAUGAGGCAGCUGCAGUACCUCCAGGGCGGGGCUGGUGGCCUGGCCUUGAUGGGUCUCCCAGGCAGGGCCGACCACGCCUCUGAGGAGCUCCCGGCCCUGCGGCUGGACCCUGGCUUGGGGGACGCAUCCAAGGGCCAGGCCUGA